AUGAAAGGUGAAACAAUGCAUUUAAAUAGAGUCGAUGGAACUAAAGAAAAUGUUUCUUCUCCACUAGUAGUUCUUCCGUAUGGUCCCUAUGGAAUGUAUGGAAACUCUUACGAAAGACCAUUUGACCCAUUGACUGGUGGAAGUAAUUGGUAUCAUUACGGACGAAGAAGAAAGACAGUCAAGUUGGAGACGGACGUGAAGAAAGCAACUAAAAAGAAACCAAGGAAGAGAGUUAUAAAGCAAUGA